AGUCAAACAUUUACAAAGUACUCACUAUUAGAUUAUGGGAUCAAAGCAUUAUGGAGCUUGGAUGAGACUCCAAGCGGCUGAAUGCCUCUCAUUUGAUCUGACAUUCUGGCACAAAAUCAGGAGAAUGAAAAUGGCAACCACAUAAAGCGUUUAAAAGAAAAACUAGGUUCAUUUUUGAAAAAACAUAUGACGAUAACAACCUAAUGAUUGGGUGCAACAAAAUUACCACAACAGGGGUGUGCAAUUAGUGACAGCUGAGCAAACUGUCCUUGCCGUUCCCCCAACUGAGUUCCCACCUCUCCCCCUCAUCCAGCCUGCUAGUGUUCUCGAUCCUGGGUCAGUUAUUCAUCGCCUCAACACAACGUUUCACCUUCAAACCACUGUUCCCGCUCGGUCCAUGGUCGUUCACACCCAAACAUCAAAGAUGUCGCUGUACCGUACCUUUCUAGUUUUGACCCUGAUGAUGGGCUUCAGUCAAAGUGCCCCUCCAGUAGAGUCGGACCCGUAUGGCCUGGAAAACUACGAUGUGGACGCAGACACGUGGGACCUAAAUACAUACGGAGAGACCUAUAUUUAUGAUGACCUGGAUGAGGAGAUUGACGUUGUGACGGUGGCCCCUCCCCCUGCUGUCACUCAAACACCUGCUGUAGUUUAUCUGAAGGAGGUUACAUUGCCACCCCGAACAACAAAAUCACCUGCCCCUUCCACCCUAGACUUUCGUGCACCGGGACUGUUUGGACCUGACACGGGCUUGGGACUGCCUUCCUGUCUGUUGUGUGUGUGUAUCAGUGGCAGUGUGUACUGCGAUGACUCAGAGCUCACUCAGAUUCCUCCUCUCCCCAAAGACACCACACACUUCUACGCUCGCUUCAACAAGAUCACUGAAGUCAAGGCCAACGAUUUCAUCAAUCUCAAUCAGCUGAGGAGAAUUGACCUAAGUGGAAACCUGAUUAGUAAAGUGGAUGAGGAUGCUUUCCGUUCACUGUCUCAUCUCCAGGAUCUUCUUUUGGCUGACAACAACAUCCAGGUCCUGCCAGAACUCCCGGUCAGCCUGAAACACAUCGAUGUCCAAAAUAACCAGCUGAGAAGUGCAGGCAUGCAUGCUGAGGCCUUUAAGGAAAUGAAGGAACUGCAGUUUUUGUAUCUGUCUAAUAAUAAGUUAGACUACAUUCCUGUACCGUUACCCGAAAGCUUAAGAGUGCUUCACCUGCAGAACAACAAUAUUCAGAGCAUAAGCCAAGACACUUUCUGUAACAGCCACGACAUGAGCUACAUACGAAAAGCCCUGGAAGACAUCAGGAUUGACGGCAACCCUGUAGACAUCAAUCUCUAUGCCCAAGCUUACGUCUGCUUACCACGUCUACCUGUUGGCACUCCGGUUUAGCAGAAAAUGUCCUAGUUUUCUAGUUUGUGUGUGUGUGUUUUACUGUCAGAAUGAGUAAAUACUUUAGUUAGUAUUUUUAUGCCUACAUUGAAAUGUUUAGACAUGAAGGGUCAUGACAAAUUUGCACAGGAAGUACAGUGCACAUCAUUUCUACACUUAUUUUGAUGCGGCGUCCUUAUCACCACAAAGUGGCGCCCUUUACCACUUUGUUCAGUCUGUCAACAACUGCAUGACAUGCUUCGUUUUAAAGGUGCAAGUGUCAUUUAAUCUCAGAUUGAUGCUAAUUCAGACUGAUAAUGGCCUGUUUUUAUUAAUGAUAUUGCAUGUGUGCUUGUUGAUUCACUUUCAUUCUCAUUCAUCAGUUUUCAGAUGCAGUGACAAUUUAGCUACAUCUAUAUUUAAAUCAAUUCUUUCAUGUAGCACACGUUACUUAGCAACUGUCAAAUAUUUAUAGUUUGACAUUUACCCGUGUGCACAAUGUAAAGAAAUUUCUAGAUUAUAUGCACUGGAUGUAAAGCACCUGUAAAGACAAGUUUAAUCCUAAACAGGUUUUCAGACACCGAAACAUUGCAUGAUCAGGGUUCUUGGUGUAUCGCUUUAAACUGCAUUUAUUUUGAGUGUUUAUUUACCAGUUGGAUUUACAUUAUUAUGCUUAUUACACAGCCACAUGAAUAAAUAAAAA